ACAGGAUAUUAACGUUAAUUUCGCAGGUGCGCCGUUGUUACUACUAAAUCUUAUAUUCUCUUUCAGUUCCCCGUAUCAAUUUUUAUGCCGAUUUCUCCAGAGUCAGACACCAUCGUUACCUUCCGCUCUCCUCGAAUUCCCAAAACUGAUUGAGCCCCUUUCGCAAACACUCCCCCAUCGAUUUCUCAUCCCAGACUUAAAAGGACUGUUACAAAAGUUGUGUGUAUGCGGUGGGUGGGUUUGGAGAACUGAGUGGGUUGCCUUUCAAAGACUACGAAUUUUAGAGAUUAGGUUAUGGCUGGAAAGAAAGUGAUAGUUAUUUGUCAGUCAAGUGGUGAAUUUGAGACCGAUGAGGAUGGUUUACUGUCAUACAAAGGUGGGGAUGCUCAUGCUAUGGAAAUUGAUGAUCAAAUGACUUAUAUUGAUUUCAAGAUGGAGGUAGCAGAGAUGUUUAACUGCAAUCCCAGUACCAUGUCUACCAAAUAUUUCCUUCCUGGAAAUAAGAAGACUCUUAUCACAAUCUCCAAUGACAAAGAUCUUAAGCGCAUGAUCAAAUUCCAUGGUGACUCCAGUACCACCGAUAUAUAUGUUAUGACAGAGGAAGUAGUUGUGGCUGAUGUCUCAAACAUGCCUGCCAGUAGGUAGUUCUCUUGCUGGCUGAUAAUAUGUUUUUGAUUGUAUUGGGAUAGACCAUUUGGAAGUAUUUGAUCUUUGCAGGUCAAGUAGGACGACUUUGUCAGAAGCAGGGAUUCUAGUUGAUGCUCCUCCGAGUGUUGCGGACGAUGUUGUGGAUGACACCACCCAACCUGAUCUCCUGCUUGAUGCCACUUUUGAUGUUAUUGAUGACACAACCCACGUUGAUGCCCAAAUUGAUAUACCCCCUGAAAUGCCUUGCCUGCUAUCUUUUGUUGGUUCCAAUGAUGAAAAACAUGUUAAAGCUGCACAGCUAUGGCAGAACAAUAUUACAGGUGUGGGCCAAAGGUUCAAUAGCGUACAUGAAUUUCGUGAGGCAUUGCGUAAAUAUGCCAUUGCACAUCAGUUUGCUUUUAGGUAUAAGAAGAAUGAUAGUCAUCGUGUGACUGUUAAAUGCAAAGCGGAUGGUUGUCCAUGGAGAAUUCAUGCAUCAAGGUUGUCAACCACCCAACUAAUUUGUAUCAAGAAAAUGAAUCCGGCUCAUACAUGUGAAGGGGCAGUUGUAACGACUGGGCAUCAGGCCACAAGAAGUUGGGUGGCAGGUAUCAUCAAGGACAAAUUGAAAGUUUUUCCAAACUACAAGCCAAAGGAUAUUGUCAAUGACAUCAAACAGGAAUAUGGAAUCCAGCUAAACUACUUUCAGGCCUGGCGUGGGAAAGAGAUUGCUAAGGAGCAGCUUCAGGGCUCAUAUAAAGAGGCCUAUAGUCAGUUACCUGUUUUCUGUGAGAAGAUAAUGGAAACAAAUCCUGGUAGUCUUUCUACUUUCACCACAAAAGACGACUGCAGCUUUCAUCGCCUUUUUGUAUCAUUCCAUGCCUCAUUGUAUGGCUUCCAACAAGGUUGUCGGCCUCUGCUUUUCCUUGAUGGCAUACCCUUAAAAUCAAAAUACCAAGGGAUACUGUUGACUGCGACAGCUGCCGAUGGGGAUGAUGGUGUUUUUCCGGUCGCUUUUGCUGUAGUAGAUACAGAAUCUGCUGAUAAUUGGCGUUGGUUUUUACUACAACUUAAAACUGCAUUAUCAACAUGUCGCUGUAUAACUUUCGUGGCAGAUAGAGAGAAGGGACUAAGAGAGUCAAUUGUUGACAUAUUUCAGAACGAGGAUGUGUAUCAUGGCUACUGUUUGCGCUACCUUUCAGAGCAACUUAUACGAGAUUUGAAGGGGCAGUUCUCUCACGAAGUGAAGCGUCUUAUGGUUGAGGAUUUCUAUGCUGCAGCUUAUGCAUCUAGGCCUGAAGGCUUCCAAAGGUGUGUUGAAAGCAUCAAAAGUAUUUCAUUGGAAGCUUACAACUGGGUCAUGCAAAGUGAGCCUGUUCAUUGGGCAAAUUCUUUCUUCCAGGGUGCAAGAUAUAACCAUAUGAUGUCGAAUUUCGGUGAGGUGUUUUAUAGUUGGGCAGCGGAUGCACAUGAAUUACCAAUAACCCAGAUGGUUGAUGCAAUACGGGGUAAGAUCAUGGAGUUGAUUUAUACUCGGCGGGCAGAUUCCAAUCAAUGGCUGAGAAGGCUAACUCCUAUGACGGAGGAAAAACUAGAAAAGGAACGCCUGAAAGUCCGUCCUCUUCAAGUGUUAAUCUCAACUGGUAACAGAUUUGAGGUACGUGGUGACUCCAAUGAAGUGGUUGAUGUGGAUCACUGUGAUUGUAGUUGCAAAGGUUGGCAGCUGACUGGUUUGCCUUGUUGCCAUGCCAUUGCCGUCAUUGGUUGCCUUGGCCGCAAUCCAUAUGAUUAUUGUGCUAGAUACUUCACAGCUGAUAGCUACAGAUUAACUUAUACAGAGUCGGUACAUCCUGUUCCAAAUGUAGAUAUGCCUGAGCAGGAUUCUUCUCAGGGUGCAGUGACUGUAACCCCGCCUCCAACUCGUCGUCCGCCGGGCCGGCCUACUACUAAGAAAAUUGGAUCUCAAGAGAUAGUGAAACGUCAACUCCAAUGCAGUAAAUGCAAGGGUACGGGGCACAACAAAUCAACUUGCAAAGAGCUUUUGUCGGGGUGCUAGAAUGUGGUUGCAUCAAUGGACAAAUAGGCUUAUGGCUCUUGGUGUUACUUAAAUGGAAGCUUUUUCGCUUAUUUAUUUGUUUUUUCAAUUUGUAUUUCUAACAUCAAAGUCUAAUUAGUUUGACCCAUGUAUUAUUAUCAAGGGGAGAGAUGUAGAUGGUCAUUUAACAGCCUUGCUGUUCGAAGAUGGCUCCGUUUGCUAUUGUAGAUGUCAAGUAUCCAUAGACCCUUUUAAGAUGUGCCCCUGAUGAUGAUAGGUGUGCCCCUCCCCUGAUGAGUAAUGAAAUGAUUUGCCUACCCAAAUGUUUAUCAUUUAUUGUUU